AUGCCCCGGGUAUCCCUCAUGUUCAAUGGCUUUGCCCUGUUGUGGGGCUUUCUCUCUGGGAUACUUUUAAAGAAUGCAUCCGUGAUGGCUUGUCCCUCAAGUUGUCAUUGCAUAGUGAAGAAUGGCUUGAUGGUGGUCCAAUGUAUGUCUCGCAACUUGGAAAAGAUCCCACCAGAUCUUCCCAGAGAUACAGUUGUUCUACUUUUGGCAGCCAAUCACAUCACGCACAUUCCCAACCACGCCUUCAGGGAGCUGCACUACCUUCAGGAGUUGGAUUUGUCUGACAAUGACAUUGAGGCGGUGGACAUGGGAGCGUUUCAGGGUAUUUCCGACAGCCUCCUCGUGCUGGAUUUAUCAAACAAUCACAUCCAAAGCGUCCCAAAAGAGGCGUUUGCCCGUCUCCGAGCAAAGAUUAGCCUCUCAAACAACCCGUGGCACUGCGAGUGCACGCUGCAGGAGGUCCUGAGGGAGCUGCGCCUGGACCCUGAAACGGUGAACGAAGUGAUCUGCCACACAGCGGUGCAGGAGGAGUACGCUGGGAAACCGGUCAUCCAGGUGCUGGACUCAGGGAUCAACUUCUGCAACUUUCACCACAAAACCACCGAUGUAGCCAUGUUUGUCACAAUGUUCGGAUGGUUCACCAUGGUGAUUGCUUACGUCAUCUACUAUGUGAGACACAAUCAGGAGGAUGCCAGGAGGCACCUGGAGUACCUCAAGUCACUGCCCAGCAACUCUCAGAUCAGCAAGGACUUUGACACAAUCAGUACGGUUCUUUAA